GUCUGUGACUUGUCUGAAGUUUCCCAGUGAGCUUCAUAGCUGAGCAGCGACUAGAACCCGGAGCACUCAGGUUCCCCAGUCCAGCAUUGAAACCAUACCACAUGGGCUCUGAAAGCUUCUGGAGCAGGUGCAUGCAGAAGACAUAAGGCAGCAGCUCCAGCAAGAAGGGGUCGACACAACAGCUUCUGCAGAUGAUCAGCUCUGCUAUGUGUGGAGCUUGUUCCUACGCGGUCAAGAAGAGUUACGUUCUGCUGCUGGCGAGUUAGAGAAGCUCAGGCAACAGCAAGCAGAAGAAAUGAGAGAGGUGGAAAAUUACGUGGGCCACGUCCGUACCUUGACGGAGGCGCGGGAUGCUCUGGCAACUGAAUAUGAGAGAGAAAAUGAGCAGCUCAGGAUGGAGUUCACACAGCUGCAGCUGGAACAUGAAUCCCAGAAGAAGGAAGUUGAGGAAAUGUUGGAACAGGAAGGUUUGCUUGAUAUCGCCCACAGUAGCCCCAGUGAGCAAGUUGCUUAUCUCCUGGUUGAACGGAGCACACUGCUGGAGAAAACAGAGGCACUGGAGCAACAGCUCGACUCCUCCAGCUGUCUGGACACCCUCUGGGCCGCUCAGCCUCAGUCCCGCACGGAGGAGCAGGCGAGAGACAGUGCUUUGUGUGCAUGCGCCGAGUGUCACUGGCAUGAAGCUGUGCACAGGCUGCAGGCGGCACAUGGUGAAAUUCGGAGGCUGACAGAGGAGCUGAAUGCACAGAAGACCAGGCACAGCAAGUCGGCUCCAACGUCGGCAGAGACCCUGAAAGAGGAAAUGGAAAAGGUGAAAGAGAGUGAAAUGUCUGAGCUACAGAAAGCCAGAGAACAAAAUAUCCGGCUGGACAAAGAAAUUCUGGCUUUACGCAACAGAGUCCGAUUUCUUGACUCAGAGAGAACAAUAUUCUUGGAACGGGAAAAAAAGGAAACAGCAAAGUCUGAAGAAGCCAGUGUUUUAGAGGAGGGUAAUUCAGAUCAUGAAGAUAACCAGGCACUUCAUAAAAGAUGCUGCCAAGUCGUCGAAAGCAUCAAGUGCCAAAAUGCGCAGCUCCUCCACAAGCUGCAUAAGCUGGAACGAGAACAUGAGGACUUGGUGGAAAGGAACGAGGAGCUGGAGUCACUCCUGGGUGAGACGCAGAACCAGACCAAAGAUGAGCGGGAGCAGUUUGAGUGUGAGGUUGACGAGCUCCGGAAGAAGAUCUCACAUUUAGAGGCUGAGUUAACUCAGGCGCAGGAGAGUCUGGCCAUGGCAAAUGGCAAAGCCACAAAAGAAGCGGUGGAGUGCCAAGAGGUACUGAAGACUCACCAGGAGAAAGUUGAUGUGCUGGAAAAUAAACUGCUGGAGGAGAAGGAGUGGAGGAAGCAGCUGGUGUGCGACCUCGAAGUGACGCAGAACGCACUGAAAGAAGAAAAGAAGGAGCUGCAGAAUUCCAAGUCAGAGCUUCUGCGGCUUUAUAGCGAACUCCAAGUGCUUCGAGGAGCAGCAGAGGAGAGAGAUGUUCUGCAUGUGACGCACGAGAGACUUCAGAAAGAGAAUGUGUUGCUUGAAACAAAGGUAUCGGAACUCUCCCAGGAAUGUGAGCAGCUGAACCAGCUCCUUACAGAAGAGAAAAAACACGAGGAAAAAUGCUUGGCAAGUAGGAGGGUGUGCACCAAGGCUGCAGCCAAAGAGCGGCUUUUGGAAGAUCGGAGCCAAAGCUGGGAGAAAGAAAGAGAGCAACUGUGUCUUAAAUUGUUAGAGAGCAAUAAGAAGAUGGAGGAACUAGAGAAGCAGAUCCAGGGAAACCAUGAGGAAAAGCAACUCUUGUGGGAAGAAAAUGCUCAGUUAAGGAAAGAUAUCCUUGCUCUUCGGCACCAGCUUAACACCAGCAGCACAGUGCCAGUCAGGCUAAAGCACGAGGCCAGCUUUGGGGAGAUUCACCCCCACAAGCCCCAGAGUCCCAUGGGGAGCACAGAUGGAGAUGUGAAGCAGUGCUCACCCGGAGGGAAAGCAGCAACCCAGCAGCAGCACGAGCAGCUGCAGCAGCUCCGGCAGGACUUGCAGCGGGUUCAGAAUCUAUGCAGCUCUGCGGAGAAGGAGCUAAGAUAUGAAAGGGAGAAGAAUUUGGAGCUGAAGAAGCACAACAUCCUGCUCCAGCAAGAGAAUAUCAAGACCAAAGCCGAGCUAAGGCAAGCGCAGCAGAAGCUUUCGGAUGCCUCCAAGACGUGUUCCUCUCUCACCUCGCAGUGGGAGCUCAGUCACCAGAAGGUCAAGGAACUGGAGCUGCAGCUGCUGAAACAGUCCCAGGCAAUGAAGCAGCAGAGCAGCUUGGCAGAGAAACUCGCCCAGGAGAAAGCCAGAGUGGCCGAGGCAGAGAAAACGAUUACGGAGCUGCAACGGAAGCUGAAGGAAUCUCGGCAUCAGGUGCAACUCUCUGAGACCCACAUCCUGGGGAGAAAGCAGCUGGAGGGGGAAGUGAGGGAAGCCAGAGAAAAUGAAAUGAAGGUUCAGCGGCAGUUUCAGGAGGAGCAGCGGAAAAGGAAGCUCCUGGAUCAGCAGGUGGAGGAAUUUCAGCAGCAGCUCAGACAGUCGCAUGAGAAAGAGAUGGAGCUUACCCAAGCAUCUGCUGAACUGCAGGUGCAGUACCAGCAGCAGGAGGCCCGGUUGCAGGUAUUGGAAGAAGAGAAGAGAACACUCUCCAAUGAGCAUCUUCACUGCCAAAAGUAUAGCCAGAAGCUCUCAGAACAGCUGUUGGCCUUGCAGCAGGAGAAAGAAACCCUCCACAGCGAAUUUGGGCACAUCAUGAAGCAGGUGGACAUUUCCAUCAGAAAGCACAAUGAACGGAAGCUCCGGCAUAAGGCCAAGCUCCGGCGGGCGAAGGAGACAUUCAUCUCCGAAGUGAAGCAGCGUGACAUGCGCAUCAGGCACCUUGAGGAUGAAAUCAAGUUGUUGAAGACCCAGGCCGAAAAGGAGCACGGGCUGAUCAGACAGGUGACCGCUGCGAACGAAGGCUUGCACCAAGAGAAAAGGAAGCUUUUGCAGCGGCUCCAUGACGUCGAAGAAGAAGAGCGGAGCAACAAACUGACCCUCUCCACACUCCAGAGCAGAGUGCAUUUUUUGGAUGAAGAAAACAAGAAGCUCCAGGAACAGAUCCUGCAACUGACCACGCAGGUUGGAGUCCUGCAGCGUGCGCUGAGAAGCAUUCACAACCACAAUUUGGAAGAACUGAAGAGCCUGGGCUUCUCUGAAUGCCAGCUGCAAAGUCAGACGUCUCCUCCUCCCAAGGCAAGGUGGUCAGCGAUGGGGCUUUCAGGUUCCUGUGGCCUUCUGAAAGCCAUCCAGGAUGGCAAGGUGGAGGACCCUGGUGAACGAGCCCUCCCCUCCCCGACGCCUUUCCCGCCAUCAGAGGUUGGCUACUUAAAUGUGGUUUCCCCAAGAGAUGCUGCAGAAUUCCACAAGGAGGAACCGAAUCAGCCCCCUCGCUGUGAUCAUGUGUGACGGGGCAGCGAAAGGAUUCUGAAGAACACAGAGACACUGCAGUGUGACUUCGUGUAGCAGCAAAGUGGAGUUACUACUAUUUGCCAGGCAGUUUUUGGAGACUUUUACAAACAAAAGACUACACCCUACCUUUUUAAAAAAUGACUUGUACAUUUGUAGUUAUGAAUCUUAAUUUUAUGCUGAUUUUUUAAAUAUAUAUAUAUAUAUAUAUAUAUGUAUAUUGCCAAAUUACUUUGCUAUUGCUACUGAAUUUCUGGAUGAAGUGGAAAAACUGUGAAUAUCUCUAGGGACUCUGUGGGGGGAUGCCACGCUCUUUGUCUCAGUAUUAGCCAGCCUGGUGUCUUGUGUCUCUCCAGAGCUGGGGGACAUGAGCAAGAGGGUGCCAUUACGCUCUUAGCCUACUUGUGGGUUUGCCCAGGGCAUCUGGUUGGCCACUGUGGGAACAAAAUACUGGAUUAAAUAGAGUUUUGGCCUGGAUCCACCUUGGCUUUUCUCAUUAGCUAGUGUUGUUAAGCAGCAUUCUACACUGUAGAUCAGAGGUGGGCACCCUCAGCCCUCCAGUCCUCCAUGGUUUCCCAGCUAUCCAAAUCCCUCCUCCUUCGUGGUCUCUGUGCAUCACACACGAGUGCUGUGCCUGCACAAUGCCUGUUUGGAAAGAUUCUCCUAGCUAAGCCUACAAUUUUUGGUGGUGCCCUGCCUCCUUUCCCCUAGUAUAAAUAGGUGAGGCUCCUGCCAUUUCCCCAGUUGGGUUUCGUCUGCCAUUUUGAGUGCCUCGGGACUUUACUUAGCUGCAUUCUUUGAUACUUUUCCUUCUUUUUUACCUUCCCCUAACAAAAAAUAAUAAAAAACCUUCUGUCAUCUUAAAACCUUACCUUUCUUUGGUCUACUUUCAUGCUCAAUGGUGCUUAGGGCGACCUCUAGAAAGUGUGUGAGUUGCAGAGUGAAAAUGGACAUUCUGUGCCAUUUUUGUUUCAAUGAAGACCAAAUGACUAUUUGGACUUCACAGAUACCAAGAAUGUAUCUGAAAUUGUAUUGGUCCUGCAGGCUGAAAGAAUUCCCCACCUCUGCCUUAAAUCAUUGUUGCCCUGAUGACUGAGUUAUAAAAUUUGUCUUUAGUGUUCAUUGGCAUUUUUAUUUGUUUGAUUUAUAUGCUGCUCCACUAGCCAUGGGCUCUCUGGACAGAUUACAUCAUAUUAAAAUCCAUAGACAACAU